AUGCCACUGGCAAGCUUCCUAGUGGCCUUUGCAAAGCAGUUUGGAGAAAGUGCAUUGCUGGGGGAAGAAUUCAUGGCAGUGAUUACUCACUUUGAUUUCAAAAUCCAUGGCAGCUUGCUACCUUGCUUUCGGGUAGCUAUGCUGGCAGCCCAGUUGACUUCCAGCAAGGUUGUUGACAAGAUCAGCAAGCUGCUUGUGAAAGGAGAUUUUGACCGCCUGAGGAACAAGUGUGGCAAGGAGUUAGCCGAGGCUGAAGCUCUAUUGGCCAAUGGCUGGCAAAUGGUUGAACAAGCUACCCACCUGGAUGACUACAAGAAGCAAGGUGUGUUUGGCAGGUACUGCAUCCGCAUUGUCUUGUUCCUGUGCCAAAAGCAGAAAUUCAGUCGAGAAAACAAGAUUUGGGAAAGCUUGCAAGAAAUCACAGAUCAGUUUGGAGCUGAAAUGUUGUCUCCUCCAGACCACACUGCUCCCAGUAGCUCUCAUGGCUUGCCAGCUGGCAAGGCUGGAAAGUUUGAAGAUUUGCUGACAGCAGAUGAAGCUUCUGUUGCAAUGCUGCAGCACCAGCACUUGGAGCCUGGGGCCAACUACCAGAACCCAAAGCAUGACCAAGCCAUCUACAAGCUGUUGGAAAUGACCAAAGAAGGUGCUAAGUUUGAGCAUGUGCCCUUGGUGGGUGCUGCUGUGCAUUUGCUAGUGCCCUUGGGUGAAGACUUGAAGGAAUGGAGGAAAACAAAGAAGCAUAUGCCUGUGCUGCUCAGCACUGACAUAGCAGAGAAGCACCUGCUGUACAAGCACCCUGGCAUUCAGGAGGCCAUUAGCAUGCACCAAGCUCAAUUGCAAUUGCGCAAGGCCUUCAGCACGAACCCUGUGAACCACAAGGCUGUUGGCUUUGUUGCUCACCCCACUGGUGUCUGCUCCUUGCAGCAUUUUGCUCCUGGAGCUUUGGUUCUGAAGGCCUAUGGAAGCUUGUUCCCUUUGAAAGAUCAAGAAAAGGACAAAGUGAAAAUCUUGGUUGGCAAUUUUGGCAUCAGCCCGCCCAAGAUGAUUUCUGAAUUCGACAAGAUGGAUUCCAAGAGUGUGCUUGUACCAUUUUGGUAUGUGAAAAGCACUUUGGAAGAAGAGCUAGUUAACAUGCAGUUGGAGACGAAGCAGCUGCAUGGCUUGGCAGUUCCUUGCUAUGUGAACACCGUGUCCUUGGAACCUGGUGCUUUGCUACUGUGUGAACAUGAAAAUUUGACCAAGAAGAAGCAGAAGAGGGAAGAGAUCAGUGCUGCUGCAAAGGCAGAAGCUGGACUUGUUGCCAAGAAGAGAAAGGAUUUGGCAGCAGCAAUGGACCUGGAAGUGAAAUCAUUGCUGGGUGUGAGUUGGAAAGGCCAGUUGGUGCCAAUUCCAGAAGAUUUGCUCAUUACCAAUGAUGAUGGUGAUACCUUCUUGAAGCUGAGGCCUUCACACCAUGCCAUCACCACGAUGAUUUGCCCUGAUUGCAAGAAGAAAAAUUUAUCUCUUUCAGGAGGCACCAAGAUGGCUUCUUUGAUUGAUUUGCUGCAUGAAGAGAUCAAAAGAAAAAAGCAGGAGCAGGAUUCUGAGACUGCUGGUGAACUCUUUGGAGAAGAAAGGGAAAAGCCAAGGAAGAAAAAGGCUAAGAAGACUGAAAGCACAGACCACCCUGCAUUUGUCAGUGUCACCUUGCCUGAUGAUGGUGGCUCCGUGGUCUUGCAAUGGCCAGCAAACAAGCAUGCUGAUGUAGCUGUGACAGUGACAGACCUCUUGACCGGCACCUGGCUGAUGACAGAGUUCAAGGUCAAUGGGCAGCAUGUGUUGAAGAAGAAGGAGCUAGACCUUUUCCUGUGGUACACUACUCAUGGGCCUACCUGGUACAUUGCCAACAGCUAUGUGCCAGAUGGUGGGACCUGGCAGAACCUGCAGUGCUAUGCCAGGAUUGCAGACAAGAAUGGGUCACCAUGUGGGGAAAUUUUCAUUCCCUUCCAGAACACCACCAAGGCAAACUGGGUGUUGACCUCUCUCUACACCGGAGGGGAGCAAAUGCCACUGGCAAGCUUCCUAGUGGCCUUUGCAAAGCAGUUUGGAGAAAGUGCAUUGCUGGGGGAAGAAUUCAUGGCAGUGAUUACUCACUUUGAUUUCAAAAUCCAUGGCAGCUUGCUACCUUGCUUUCGGGUAGCUAUGCUGGUAGCCCAGUUGACUUCCAGCAAGGUUGUUGACAAGAUCAGCAAGCUGCUUGUGAAAGGAGAUUUUGACCGCCUGAGGAACAAGUGUGGCAAGGAGUUAGCCGAGGCUGAAGCUCUAUUGGCCAAUGGCUGGCAAAUGGUUGAACAAGCUACCCACCUGGAUGACUACAAGAAGAGUGUGCUUGUACCAUUUUGGUAUGUGAAAAGCACUUUGGAAGAAGAGCUAGUUAACAUGCAGUUGGAGACGAAGCAGCUGCAUGGCUUGGCAGUUCCUUGCUAUGUGAACACCGUGUCCUUGGAACCUGGUGCUUUGCUACUGUGUGAACAUGAAAAUUUGACCAAGAAGAAGCAGAAGAGGGAAGAGAUCAGUGCUGCUGCAAAGGCAGAAGCUGGACUUGUUGCCAAGAAGAGAAAGGAUUUGGCAGCAGCAAUGGACCUGGAAGUGAAAUCAUUGCUGGGUGUGAGUUGGAAAGGCCAGUUGGUGCCAAUUCCAGAAGAUUUGCUCAUUACCAAUGAUGAUGGUGAUACCUUCUUGAAGCUGAGGCCUUCACACCAUGCCAUCACCACGAUGAUUUGCCCUGAUUGCAAGAAGAAAAAUUUAUCUCUUUCAGGAGGCACCAAGAUGGCUUCUUUGAUUGAUUUGCUGCAUGAAGAGAUCAAAAGAAAAAAGCAGGAGCAGGAUUCUGAGACUGCUGGUGAACUCUUUGGAGAAGAAAGGGAAAAGCCAAGGAAGAAAAAGGCUAAGAAGACUGAAAGCACAGACCACCCUGCAUUUGUCAGUGUCACCUUGCCUGAUGAUGGUGGCUCCGUGGUCUUGCAAUGGCCAGCAAACAAGCAUGCUGAUGUAGCUGUGACAGUGACAGACCUCUUGACCGGCACCUGGCUGAUGACAGAGUUCAAGGUCAAUGGGCAGCAUGUGUUGAAGAAGAAGGAGCUAGACCUUUUCCUGUGGUACACUACUCAUGGGCCUACCUGGUACAUUGCCAACAGCUAUGUGCCAGAUGGUGGGACCUGGCAGAACCUGCAGUGCUAUGCCAGGAUUGCAGACAAGAAUGGGUCACCAUGUGGGGAAAUUUUCAUUCCCUUCCAGAACACCACCAAGGCAAACUGGGUGUUGACCUCUGCUGCCCUCUUCAUUCCUAAGAUGGCAGAGAGCUUGCUGCAGAGAUGGAACUUCUUGAAGAACCACGUGCAGGAGGUGAAGAAGAUGAAUGAGGAGUUGAAGAUGGAGAAUGAGCAGUUGAAGUUGCAACUUCAACAGCUGCAGUUGAAGUUGCAACUUCAACAGCUGGAGGAGACUCAUGGGCCUAUCCCUGUGAAUGUUUCAGCUGGGACUGCAGCAGCUCCAAGUGGAGGACUUCAUGGUGGAAGUGGUCUGCUGCCACCACCACCUAAGGUUCCGAAAUUGGGUAGCUAUGGCAAAGGGAGGGAUGAAGAGGGCAAGGGCAAGACUUCACCAACAGCCAUGUGGAUGGCUACAGGCUCUGAGAAGGUGAAGGCAACUGGCUGGAAGAACUACAUGGCCUAUAUCCAGAAGGAUUGGCAGAAGGCUGAUACCCUGGUGGCCCUGUAUCUACAAGAUCCUGCUAUGAGAACCAUGGUGGACAACCACAUCUACACUCUCCGGAAUGUGGGCUUUGACAAGCUCUAUCCAUGGGGCUCAGAAUAG